AUGGCUAACUACCUCAGGAACGUUUGGCACGCCAUGAGCCAAGGAUUCCGAGACCCUAACGAUGAUUCAGACUCCACACAAGACGAGGUGCGCGAGGCUGCUGUCAAGGAGGCCUGGCAACGAUCAUUUGGAGAUGAUGAACUCGUCUUUUUUGGUGCAGGAGUCGCGAAUAUCGACUUAUCUACGCUCCACCCCGCCCCGAUUCAGAUAUUCCAGCUGUGGCAGAUUUACUUGGACAAUGUCAAUCCGCUACUCAAGGUUACUCAUGUUCCUAGCCUGCAAAGUCGCAUCAUUGAAGCGGUCGGCGAUUUGAACAGCAUCAGCCACACCCUAGAAGCGCUUAUGUUCAGCAUUUACUGUACAGCUAUUCUGAGCCUCCAGGUUGAUGAGUGUCAGACUACGUUCGGGUCAUCGCAGAGCGAUCUCUUAGCACGGUAUCGGUUUGGCUGCCAGCAGGCAUUACUUAACAGUGGAUUCUUACGGUCCGACGAUCGCGACUGUUUGACGGCAUUACUUUUAUACCUAAUAUCUAUCAGACCUGCCGCAGUCCCUGUCUCUCUUGCCACUAUUCUUGCUACAGCAAUCCGCAUUGCCCAGCGUAUGGGUAUUCAGAGUGAAGCUACCUUGGCUAAGCUUCCUGCUCUAGAGGCCGAGAUGCGCCGUAGAUUGUGGUGGGCGCUGGUACUGUUUGAUACCCGAGUAAGUGAGACGACAAACCAUGGGGAGGUGACGUUAGGGCCUACGUGGGAUUGCAAGAUUCCUCUCAAUGUGAACGAUUCAGAUCUGCGGCCUGGAAUGAAGGAACCUCGAGCUUUUCAGGGAACAACCACCGACGCACUGUUCGCCGUUGUUCGGAGUAAGCUGGGGGAUUUUUUACGGUACAACACACUUCACCUCGACAUCACAAACCCGGUCUUGAAGCAAAUCGCUCGACCGUCCCAAAGUGAUUCAAUAUCGGGAGAAACAGAUGACAUAUCGAGACUGGAGGCGGAGAUCGAAGCUAAAUACCUCAAAUUCUGUGAUGAAGAGAACCCUCUCCACUUCCUGACAAUCUGGACGACUCGAGCACAAUUGGCGAAGUGGCGUCUUAUGGAACACUGUCUGAAGUACAUUGAUGACGCGUCUAUUGCUCGAACAGAAUCACAGCGUGACACUGCCACUUCCAUUGCAAUGAGAGUCCUUCAGUGUGACACGAAAAUCAUGUCUUCGCCACUCACAAGAGGAUUUGUUUGGCUGCACCACCUCUACUUUCCAUUUCCGGCGUAUCUCCAAGUUGCCCAGGACUUGAGGACACGACCGCACAGCAAGCUGAAUCGGCAAGCUUGGGAGGUUCUGAGCGACGACUAUGAGGCUUGGUCCAAGUAUCUGGACGAUAAAGAGGGCCGAGGGAAAUCCCCUGUAUUCCUUAUAUUUGCCAAACUCAUCCUUCAGGCAUGGGACACAAGCAAGACCUCCGGGCAUAUUCAACAGGAGCCAAAGAUUGUAUCGUCCAUUUUAGAGACUAUGGCGCAAACAACGAUGGGUGCCCAAGAGGAUACGGAUACUGACACAGCCCAGCCUGCCAACAUUAUGGACAUGGGGAUUGACGAACUCUCCAUGUCAAUGCCGAUGAACUUCGUGGAUCAGAAUCUGUCAUAUGAUAUGGCGGUGCAAGCCCGUUCAAUGUUUGGGCCGGCUGUGUACUCGGGCAUGGCACCACAACCCACCUGGAGUCUCCAGGAUCGUUUCAGCUGGAAUUCGAUGAGUAGCUAUCCAGGAUGGGGAGGGUUUUGA